CAUCUUAUUUAGUUAGUGAAUCAAAUUUGGCGAGUCUAGUACUAAUAGUAUUACCGCAUUAGUAUCAUGGCGUGAAAACUAGGAUUACUUGGAACCAUCUUUAGAAGGGUAUAUACUAAAGGAACUUUGAUACCUUUUCUUUAGGGCCGGGGUUCACUGCCUUUCCAUUAAGAGGUCGAAUCUCAAAGACUAACGAUCAGCUAGAUCAAGUAUAUAUGGGGAGUGGGAAAGCUUCCCCCAGUUUCUAGGGCACCAUGAAGGAUAGGGUACCUUUCAAUAAUUGAUUAUUUUAUCUAAUUUAUUAUUUUAUUUUUACGAGCCAGGUGUUGGAUCUCCCUAUAAAUCACGUACAGAAGUCAGCAAGCCAGAGUAGUUCAAGACCAAGAUUUGUGUUCUAGCUACCUCCCACAAUCUAUCUAUUUUCAACAGACUCAGAACACCUCUUUCUCUCUUGCUUCCAUACGUACAUAUCUUCCACCCUCAACCCUAUUCUUUGGUUAAUGCAUGUAUCUUCAACUCUUUCUGCACUUUGAUUUGUUCAAUACGUACAUGAAUUAUCAGUCUAGAGCUUUUCAAAGAUAUCAGAGACUCGAGCUGUAGCUAUCCCCAGAAUCUAGCGCUUGUCUCUCUCGUUUUUAACAAGAAUCGAUCAGACCUCUUCUUCUCUAGCUCUCCGCUUGUAACAAAGGAAGCUUAAUUGCUGCUCAUAUAGCGAGCUACUUUUCUGCCCGCACUUUGAUUUUUCAAGGAAACUAACUAGAAAAGAUGGGAGUUCAAGGAACCUUGGAGUACUUGUCAGACCUGCUAAACAGUGUCAAAAGCAAGAAGAAGAAGAAGCAAAUACAGACCGUAGCCGUAAAGAUUAGGAUGGACUGCGAUGGUUGUGGUCGCAAGGUGAAGAAGGUCCUCUCCGGUGUAAAAGGGGCUAAAUCUGUGGAUAUCGACUUGAAGCAGCAGAAGGCAACGGUGACUGGUUACGUCGACGCAAAGAAAGUGUUGAAGGCAGCUCAAUCGACCAAGAAGAAGUGCGAGCUGUGGCCUUAUGUUCCAUUCACUCUGGUGGCUCAUCCUUAUGUUGCCGGAGCCUACGACAAGAAAGCACCUCCAAAUAUGGUUAGGAGCCUCCCGAGCACGGCCACUAUCACCGAGAGUGCUGUGGAUGACCACUAUACUCAAAUGUUCAGUGAGGACAACCCAAAUGCCUGCUCUGUCAUGUAGUAUCUAGCUAGCUAGCUCCCCGUGUCUAGUAAUUAUCAAAAAAAAAAAUUAAGAAUGAAAAUGUUGUUUUGUAUCAUUUGGAAUGAAUAGUAUGUGGUGAUAUUAGGCAUUUUGUAAUUUCUUUUAUGCU